AUGCUAAUCACGCUGAAGCUGCGCAAAAACCAUCCACCAGUCAUCAACAUAUUCCAUCUACAGACAACCGAAAUUUUCCUAAACCCACGGCAGGCCUAUGAAGAGGCCAUUAGGGACAUUGGUCCAGUUAUAGCUGUGUUACGCAAAGGACAUCUCGAAUUCGUUGUGGAUGACACAUUGGUCUCCUUCUUGGUUUCUAACUCAACAGGGACUUUCGAUUUCGAAGCAGCAACGGCCACAAUUCUACAUUUGCGCCCAUUUCUAUUUCUCUUUCGCUCAUUCUUCAGCGAAAUCGACGAUCUAGUUCAAAAUGGUAUCAACCCUAUGCUCGACAACAUCUUAGAACGAAGUAUGCAGUCCAAUUUUGCCGAUCGCGAGCUCGACGCAAAAUGUUUAACAUCUUCGGUGUGUGUUGUUUUCAGCAAAUCAGCGGAGAAAGCACUUGGAAAAACUAGACUGGACAUGUUCGAUCAUGCCCAUCGCAGCAUUGCCGAAGCAAUGUUGGGUGUUAUAUUCGGAGAGGGCUAUGCAACGGAAAGAAACAUAAUGGCGGUCGAAAAUGUAGCCACUGACAUCUCAAAUUUGACCGGCAUAUACCAAAACACGUCUUUCUUUGGUCGUCAUCUGCCUACUCUAUGGUCUGUCUACACCUGGAUCAAGGUCCUGAGCACUUCGAUCCUUGCUUUCUUCCGUAUUAUGGGGCCGCUUGUCUGGCGCUAUAUGAAACAAUAUUCCAGGGCAACUGAUACCAAACCUACCACCGUUCUCGAAUUUUUAUGCCAAAAGUAUGGGAAAGUCGGGUCUGCAAAUCACAGUCUCGGCGUAUUUGACUUUUUGCAAAUCAUGUCGCUACUCAUUGGGUACACGGCCGCACGGCAGGCUUAA